AUGCAAAGCCUUCAUGAUGAGGAAGGAAACAUUCCAAGAGAAUCGAACAUUAUCAUCAAUAGACAGAAUGUGAUUGGAUCAUCAUCGGAUAAUAAUGAGGAAGAAAUAAUAAUCGAGGAAGAUGAACAACAACAACAAGAAUACAAUCAUCAUCAUACAAUAUCAAUUAAUAAUGAAGAUGAAGAGGACCAACAACAAUCACCAUUACCAAAUAUUCAACCGGAAUCCAGAAUACAAAGAUUGAGAAGAACUUUCUUUUUAGGUUAUUUAUUAAAAUUAUGGGAUAUUACAUCAUCGAUGAUUCCUUUGGGAUUGUUGAGUUUUGGUGGGCCAGCUGCACAUAUUUCAAUUUUACAGGAGAAUUUUGUGACGAAAAGGCAAUGGGUUACUCUUGAACAAUUUACUGAAUUGUUUGCUGUUUGUCAAUCAUUACCUGGACCAACUAGUACACAAUUAGUGAUUGCUCUUGGUACAAUUCAUGCUGGUUAUUUGGGAGGAUUAUUAUCAUUUAUUUUCUUUGCUUUACCGACUGCUAUUAUUAUGGCCUGUGCUGGUGUUUUGUUAAAGGAUCAAAAUGUCACUGAAAUGUUUCCAUAUUAUUUGAAAGUUGCUUUGAAUGGAUUUUCAUGUGCUGCUGUCUCAAUUGUACUUCAUGCAGCAUAUACGUUAUCAUCACGAUUGACCACUGAUAGGAUUUCAAGAACAUUAUUAAUUGCUGCAUUUGCAGUAUUUAUCAUUUGGCAAAAAUGGUAUACUGUUUUAAUUGUCAUGUUUUGUGGAGGAUUUAUCAAUGUAGUAUUUGAAUAUACCCAAAUAUUCUAUCAGAGAACAAUCAAGGAGCACGGAUUGAGAAAACCAAAAGGUUUCUUUGCAUCCGCCAAGUUCUUUGCACGUGUAUUUAUUAUGAAUAUCAAAGAGUUCAAGCAGUAUAUCAGUGAAAAGCUCAGUAAGCUGAAGAGACGUGGCAACAAUAGAACAACAAGUGAUUCUUCAUUUGAAUUGGAAGAAACAGGAGCCGAAUCUGAACCACAACUCCUUAGAAAUGAAGAAGAUGCAGCUGAUUUGGAAUCCAAUCCACCAAAGGAAGAAGAGGACGAACAAGACUUGCCACCUACAACAGCAUCACCAACAGUUGAAGAAACCAAACUUCCACUACCAAUGAGACCAUUCAUGGGUAUAAUCUUCUUGACAAUAUUCUUUGUCCUCUUAUUUGGAUUGUUUAUUGCUCGUAUUUCUGUGAAAUAUCCACCACUUGAAUGGGCAGAAGGAUUUUACAGAAUUGGAAGUUUGAUAUUUGGUGGAGGUCAUGUUGUUUUACCAAUGAUUUUGAAUGAAUUUUCAGAAUUGGGUUAUUUGACAGAGGAUUCAUUCUUGAAUGGUUUUGCCUUACAAAGUGCCUUACCUGGACCAAUGUUCAAUAUUUCUGCCUAUGUUGGAGGUAUUAUGGGUGAUGUGGUUGGUGCCGUCAUUUGUUGGGUAGCAUUGUUUUUACCUGCAUUCCUUUUCGUUUGGGGAGCUUUACCAUUCUGGCACAGAUAUAGACAGAAGCAAAUUGUUAAGAGUAUUCUCAAAGGUGUUAAUGCAACCUCUGUCGGAUUUGUUUUCACUGCUGUUUACAUUUUAUGGUUGGGAAGUGUUCCAAACUUGCAUAUUGCCUCAGCAUGUACUGUUGUGUUCAGUAUUUUAAUGUUAUCUGUUUAUGAUAUUCCUGCACCACUUGUUAUCCUUGCUGCUGGUGCAAUAAGAAUUAUUUUAGAUUUCAAAUCAGUUCAGUAA